GGGGGAAAGAAAUUGACAAGGGCAAAUCAAAUCACAAAAUAAAAAGAUUAUAUUUUUCCGCCUCCUUAAACCUCAGUAUUUGAUUCAACCCUUCCUAGAUUGUGUCAAUCCUCAGACAGAAAUAAAUUCCAUUUGUAGUAUUCAUCUUCUUCAUUCCUUUAAAUCAAUGACAAGUAACUGAGGUUGAUUCUUGUUUUUUUUUUUUAGUUUUUCUAUUUCCCUUCACCCAUUUACUAUCUGUACUCUUUUUCACUCACCCUCUUGACUAAUUAAACUGAAUGGCUCUUGGGGUGUUUCAAAGAUUGUUACUUUUUCACAAAUUUCAUAUGCAGGUAUAGAAAUAUAGAUUCAGAUUUGAAAAGGGUAUUGAGAUAAUAAUAAGUUUUUAGUAAUCAUAGUAGUUGUAGAUAAUUAUAGUACUCAAUUUCAUACCUGUUAGGAUUUCAUUAGUUUUUUUUGAUAAAAGAUUGCUUUUUUAUGACAUAGAUGAAAAAUUAGGGAGGGGAUUUUACAAGGUGAUCUAAGAUCCUGUAUGCAUUUUCUUUUUUUGCUUCUAAAUGAGGCGAAGAACCUUAAUUACGAGGUCUUUGUCAAUGUUUAAGUCACAAUGUCAAUAUUCAAUUAGUUUUUCAUCCAUUUCUUACAAGUCUUUUGAUCUCAAGACUUGCAUUGUAUCACUUCAAUCAUGUGCUAAUGACAAGGACCUUACUGGAGGGAAACAAGUUCAUUGCCACAUGCUUAGAUGUGGCCAUUUGGAUUUAUCUCCAGUGCCUACCACUAGCCUUAUUAACAUGUACUCGAAAUGUAAUUCGAUAUCGAAUGCUUUAUCUGUAUUCUAUACUUCACCACUUGAUCAUAAUGUGUUUGCUUAUAAUGCUAUAAUAGCAGGAUUAAUUGCCAAUGAUUUGCCUAAAAGUGCUUUUGAAUUCUAUUUCAAGAUGAGGCUAGUUGGUGUCAUUCCUGAUAAGUUCACUUUCCCUUGUGUGCUUAAGGCUUGUAAAAAUGAAGUAGAUGUGAAAAAGAUUCAUGGGUUAGUUUUUAAACUUGGGCUAGAAGUUGAUUUGUUCAUUGGCAGUGCAUUGUUGCACAGUUAUCUGAUGUAUAGGAUGGUGGAUUUCGCAUUAGAUGUGUUUGAGGAUUUGCCGGAGAGGGAAGAUGUUGUGCUUUGGAAUGCCAUGAUCAAUGGCUAUGCUCAAACAGGUGGGUUUGGUAGUGCUUUGAUGGUUUUUAGGUGGAUGAUUGAAGAUGGGGUUAUUCCCAACAAGUUUAGCAUAACAGGUGUACUUUCAGCUCUGGCAAAUUAUGGGGAAGUUUAUAAUGGAAAGAUGAUACAUGGGUUUGUGAUAAAAAAAGGUUUUGAUUUGGGGGUUGCCAUUUCUAAUGCAUUAAUAGACAUGUACGGUAAAUGUAGCUGUGUUGCUGACGCUUUUGAGGUUUUCCAGACGAUGGAUGAUAAGGAUAUAUUUUCAUGGAACUCAAUAAUUUGUGUGCAUGAACAAUGUGGUAAUCACGAGGGUACUUUGGGGCUUUUCAAAAGGAUGUUGUCUGCUAGAGUACGUCCUGAUUUGGUGACUGUCACCACUACACUUCCUGCCUGUGCUCAUUUAGCAGCGUUGAGGCAUGGUAGAGAGAUUCAUGGAUACAUGAUUGUUAAUGGUCUGAGGAAAGAUACUGCUGACAUAGAAUAUGAUGAUACUUACAUUGACAAUGCAAUUUUGGACAUGUAUGCCAAAUGUGGAAGCAUGCGUGAAGCUAAGCUGAUCUUUGAUAUGAUGAAUUUCAAAGAUGUGGCAUCGUGGAACAUUAUGAUUAAGGGGUAUGGCAUGCAUGGAUUUGGCAUCAAAGCAUUAGAAUUGUUUUCUGAUAUGUGUAAGGCAGAAUUGAGGCCUGAUGAUGUCACAUUUGUUGGGGUUUUGUCAGCUUGCAGCCAUUCAGGGCUUGUAAAACAGGGAAGAGAAUUUCUUGCCCACAUGCAGCCUAAAUAUGGUGUUGUGCCUUCUAUUGAACAUUACACCUCUGUGAUUGACAUGCUAGGUCGUGCUGGGCAGCUUGAAGCUGCUUAUGAGUUGUUAUUAACAAUGCCCAUUAAGACCAAUUCUGUCGUAUGGAGAGCGUUCUUGGCUGCCUGCCGUAUACAUGGUAAUGAUGAUCUUGCUAAGGUUGCUGCAAAACAGGUACUUGAUCUUGAACCAGAUCAUUGUGGAAGUUAUGUCAUAUUAUCAAAUGUUUAUGGACAGACUGGUCGCUAUGAAGAGGUAUUAGAGAUAAGAGAUGCUAUGAAGCUACAAAAUGUAAGGAAGACACCUGGUUGUAGCUGGAUUGAACUUCAUAAUGGUGUCCAUGUCUUUAUUACUGCUGAUAAAUCACAUCCUGAAGCCAACCUUAUUUAUGCUGGAUUGAAUUCUUUAACAGCGCGAUUGUGUGAGCAUGGUUAUACACCAGAAUCUGAUGCCUUGGAAAGCAGUCCAUGAUAUUCCAGACUUAUUCUCCAUUGUUCUAGAUGAAGAUUCCUGAAGCACUGACUGAAAGAAGGUUCUUACAAUAUCUAUCUGGGAAACCUAGAAAGUGUGUGAGUUCGUUUUGCUUCUCAAUGAAACCAAUGUCUAUAUGUAUGGUGGGUGCUCUGAAAAUAGCCCAAGUUAUCUGUGUGCUUUUGCAGAUAAACUUUCUAUUGGAAAAUGAAAAGUAUGUUUUCUUCACCUUUAGAGCAUAUCAUUUUGCAGCAUCUGCUAUAACCAAGGGGGUGUUUAAUGCAACUAAGGACUAUGCUUCUCCUUUUGAUGUUGACGGUCAUGGAAUGUUGAGAAGGAUAGAAGGGAGGGCCCAUGAUUCAACACUUUUAAGUUGAGAAGGAUAGAAGGGAGGCCCAUGAUUCACCGAGUGUUGAAUCAUGCGUCACUGGCCCUUGGGGAUUUCUGGCUUUAAAAACAUUAAAAAUGUUGAAGGAAAUGCUGAAGUAUUGGUUUCAAAAGUUUGAUGGCCCCUCUGGCUUACAGGUUGGAAUGAAGUUGCCGUUGCAUCUAUAUUCAGGAUGGCAGGCGAGAUCGAAUCUCCAUCAAAAUGCUGAAGUACAGGUUCUGUAAAAAUUGCCAGCAUUCUGGUCGGCUAUAGCUUGUUUUAUUUUCCAGAUUUUCUAAUACUAAGUAGUGACAAUACAAAUCAUUUGUUUCUCUGCAUCCUACCAACUUUGAUAUUUUAUUAACCUUACCUUGCUGAAUGUGAAGCUACAGUUGGUUCCUAAGAAAGCCUGCAUUAGGCAUUCUAUAAAGCAGUUGAUAUGUCUCUCCUUUAGGUUUAUAUUUUGGUUCUUUUGCUUAAACCUGUAAAAUAAUCUCUUAGCUAAAGUUAAAAUAGUGAUAAACUGCUGCUAUGGAACAACAGGAACUUCAUGGAGACCAUUCCUAAACAGGCAUCAUAAAUUAUACAGAAGAUCAUGAAGGCACCUAGGUAUUUCACAGAAGCAGGACAUGAACGAACUGAUAUUUAUAACAUGAACCAGUUCCAAACAAGAUGGUUCUAUCAGAAGAUUAGAGGAGAGUUUCCAAAGGUGGAAUGGCAGAAACUGAAAAGCAAUAACCUUGGAAUUCCUAACUGGUCAUGGAAGAUGAUUUGGAAAACUAGAGCACCUACGAAAGCAGUUUUUUUGGUUGGCUAGCAGCUAGGGAUGCUUCUAAAACACAACACAAGUUACAUAGGAAUGGGUUUUCCUUGUGCAGUAGCUGAUAUUUCUGCAAUUUAGAGGAGGAAACAGUUGAACAUCUUUUCUUGCAUUGCAGAUUUCAAGACAAUGUUGGGAACUUUUCUUUAACAUAAUGGGCAUAUCUUUGCUGUCACCAGAGAAAAAUAGUAGCUUGUUGGAAGUGUGGCAAUUUGUUUGAGGAUGUCUGAGGUGGUGCCAGUCUGUUUACUGACCUCUCUCACUAAGGAAAGGGUAUUUGCGUAAUUUAUAUAGUGCCUAAAAUUUUUACCUGUCUUUAGGAUGCCUUGGUAUAAUUAGCUAUUAUCUAACUUUAGUUAGCAGCAUAAUAAUUGGGUUUUAAGUACCAUUUUUCUGUGUGCUUGUGCAAACAGGCUCAGACAGGCAGAAACAACCAUAAUUAAAAAAUGUACUGUUUGUUAUGUCGUUACUAAAAAAUAAAAUAAAAUUAACAACCCAAGCUUUUGUUGCUGAAACAAUGAAUUUGAAUCCUUCUAUCUUCCAGGCGCUCAUAACUGUUUAUGGAAUACAUAUUAACAUACUAUUGUGUAAUGCUGCUUCAUCUAUCCUUAAAAAUAUAUUGUGUUUAAGAAAGUUGUUUAUAUUGAAAUUCAUCUGAUCCUAGAAUGUGGAUGUAUAAUUCCAGUCAUGCCGAUGAAACUCCAUUGAGGCUUUGCAUUGCAUUAUUUAUUUAUUUGUUUCUUAAUCUAGCAUUUGUUAUUUAUGUCUUAUCUAAGGAGCUCUGAGAUUUUACUACUUUGGCUAAUGCAGGUGUGAGUCCAGAACAUUGUUCCUACACGAUACAAACUGGUAAUGUGGCCAUGCUAUCAUUUUUUUUCUCCUAGAAGGUUACAGACUUGCAGCAGCGUUUUUCCCUUCCUUUCGUGCUCAGGGGCCAGUGUUCUAAGUUUAAAUAUUGCUCCAAUUUAUCUGGCAGUUGGCCAUAGAUGCUUAAAAUGAUUUUGAAGUCUUAUGGAACAUAAUAUCAGCUAAUCUUGAUGAAGUGCAAGGGCAUCUAACAACUCUUCAUAGCCGUAGAAAGAGUGUCGUAUGAUACUCUCUCAUCAACAUGGCUAUUAUUUUCUUCUAAACAACCUGGUUUUGGCCUUGCUAAUCUCAGAGAAAGAAAGCUCGCUUUCACCAAGUAACAGCCAAGACAAGCUAUGGUUCUCCGAGGAACCUUCUGUUUGAUGCUCAUCAGAGUAAGUAGGAACGACAAGUGGUUUUCUUUUGGCGCGUUCAGUUUGAGCAUAGCAGCAUGUGGUUGUUUUGUUGUGUUUUUGCCACAAACAAAUGGCAGAAUAUUUAUUUAGUGAUACAAUAGAUGAAGAAGAGAACAAAGACAAAAACAUUUGUCUGUUGUAUUGUUUCUGGUUUCUGAGUAAAUUUGGCCAUUUCAAGUUUGUUUACUUGUUAGUGUUAUAGUUAUUGUAUUUCAAUGACUGAAGUGGAUUGGUGUCUUUGUCAAUAUAAGUAUGAAAAUUGGUGGUGA